AUGGAUAUUUGGGUUCCUCUUCUCUCGGAUCGGUUGGAGUCUCCGAAUUUCGAGUUCAAGUCAGAGUUCAUUGGUGGCGAUUGUAUAAUUCAGAUUAAUGCAGUACUAAUCAAAAAUGACAGCUUCUUUGGACAUAUAACAGUGAAGGAAAAGACUGGACGGCUGAUCGUAGCUGCUAGGAUUCGAAAGAUGCUCUGCGAACUGGACCUCUCUAAACCAUCUGGAUCCCGUCAAUUUAUCGUUCAAAAUUUUGAAAAUCAAGUGAAAGAUGGUCUGAUUUACUAUGUAAAUCUGGCGAAACUUGGACAAAUCGGCGGCGAUCUAUUCAAGAAAUGGCAGACAGUUGAAGAUGUUCAAUUAAUUAGUACAACUACCGAAUCGAUGGAAAAUCGAAUGAUUGAGACAUUAAUGGAAGCGACGGCUAGAUAUGAUGAUUUGGUUGUAAUUCGACACGGAGUUCAUAGACUUAUCCGAUUGGCUCAAAAAUAUCGAAUGCAUAAAUUAAUGCGAGUUGUUGAAGAAUAUAUAUUGGAAACGAAGUUAAUAAACUGGGAUGAGAAGAUUCUGAUCGCUCUGCAAUACCGAAUGAGCCCUUUAUAUAUGCAAGUUGAGAGAAAGUAUCUAAAGACACCUUGGCAAAUUUUGUGCAGGAUACAACGACUCUACUUAUCCACCUACGCCCGUCAAAGUCACAACAGUUCAAAUCCGUACGAAUUAAUUCAUAAAAAUCUUCUACAGCUGGUUAUGGCGUCUGAUGAAAACAUUUUUAUUGGAUAG